CGGCCCGGCCCGGUGGGGCGGCUUCGUCAGAGUGGGUCUCACGGUGCCUAAGUCCGCCGACCUUCUCGGCUUCCUCUCGGCUUUCUUCGUGACAGCGAGACGAUGCCGGGGAGCCGGCAGCCCAGGGUCCGUUCGGGGAACGAACCUGAUCCCGCGCCCGCCAUGGAGUCGGAGGUUGGCGGCGGGGCCUGGGCCCACAGCCGCGCCGCGCUCGCCCGCCUGGAGAAGCUGCUGCUCUGCUCGCGAUGCACUAAUAUUCUGACAGACCCUGUGUGCCUAGGAGGCUGUGAACACAUCUUCUGUAGUGAUUGUGUAAGUGACUGCAUUGGAACAGGAUGUCCUGUGUGUUACACUCCAGCCUGGGUACUAGAUGUCAAGAUAAACAGACAGUUGGACAGCAUGAUCCACCUUUGUAGUAAGCUUCGAAAUCUCCUCCAUGACAAUGAGCUUUCAGAUGUGAAAGAAGCUACAUCUAGGACAAGGAUAUUUAAUGAUGCGGAAAACAAGAAAGACUCAAUAAAAAUGUGGUUUAGUCCUCGAAGUAAGAGGGUUAGAUAUGUUGUGAAUAAAGUUUCAGUGCAAACCAAGCCUAAAAAGACAACAGAUGAUAAAGCUCUGCCAACUUCAAUGUAUGAAUUCAUAUCUACAACUCCUCCCACAGUUGUUUCUAAGAGAGCUAGAAAGGCAUCUACAACACCUGCAAAAAAACAAACAAAUAGAACUUUAGCUGAAAUCAACCAAGAAUGGAACAUAGAGUCAGAACAAGAAGGCAGUGACUUCAUGUCUAAAGAUGAAUCUAAGGAAAGGAUAGUGUCCUUCUGUAGCCAGCCAUCUGUUUUAUCUACUCCAGAGGAAAGUGAUGGAAUAGACUUAAUUGAAAGUUGUUCCGUAUCAGAAUCUGAAUGUGGAAAUGUGACUGAAGUCUCUUUGCCAUUGGCUGAACAUACAGUGUCUCCAGACACUGAAAGUAAGAAUGAAGUGACUUCUGAAAAGGUCUAUAAGAACGAUCAUACUUCUAAUACAUCUUUGACAUUAGGUUGUAAUGGGAAACAUAGAUCUAGUAACAGACUUUCUCAGCCUGUUCCUAAAAGGAGUAGAAGCCGGGUUCCCAGCACUCGUAGAGGUUCUGUUAAACCUACAGUGUACUCGGCAAACUUACGAUUGCUUGAUUGUUCAUCUUCAAGCAAACUUCCAGUGGAUGACACACUCAGGAGGAGAAACAGUAACAUGUCAGAUGACUCCAUUAGCCUCUCACCACCAACACUGCCUUCUUCACUGAAUAGUUCAACAUAUAGACGAAUGAUGUCCAGCCCCUCGACAAUGAAGCUCUCGCCCAGUAGCCUUGUGGUUGGGAAAAGAAAUCAUAGAGGAGAGACUUUGCUUCAUAUUGCUUCUAUAAAGGGAGAUGUACCUUCUGUUGAAUACCUUUUACAAAAUGGAAAUGACCCAAAUGUGAAAGACCAUGCUGGAUGGACUCCACUGCAUGAAGCCUGCAAUCAUGGACAUCUGAAGGUUGUGGAAUUGCUGCUGCAGCAUAAGGCCUUGGUGAACAGCACUGGCUACCACAACGACUCUCCACUUCAUGAUGCAGCCCGGAAUGGGCAUCUUGAUAUAGUCAAGCUCUUACUGUCCCACGGAGCCUCUAGGAAUGUUGUUAACAUAUUUGGUCUGCGGCCUGUGGAUUGUACGGACAAUGAAAAUAUGAAAUCAUUAUUGCUGCUACCAGAGAAGAAUGAAUCAUCUUCAACUUGUUAUCAAUCAGUAAUGAGCAGCUGGUCACGCAGGGAUGGACCUCUUGUGCUUAUUGGCAGUGGGCUUUCUUCAGAACAACAGAGCUUGCUCAGUGAGCUUUCAGGAAUUCUCAAGGCUAAAAAAUGUGCCGAAUUUGACAGUACAGUAACGCAUGUCAUUGUUCCUGGUGAUCAGGCUCAAAGUACUCUGAAAUGCAUGCUUGGGAUUCUCAAUGGAUGCUGGAUUCUCAAGUUUGACUGGGUGAAAGCUUGUUUACAAACAAAAGUAUAUGAAGAGGAAGAAAUGUAUGAAAUUCCUGAAGGUCCACAGAGAAGCAGAAUCAACAAAGAACUGCUGUUGCCAAAGUUGUUUGAUGGAUGCUACUUCUAUUUUUGGGGAACCUUCAAACAUCAUCCAAAAGACAACCUUACUAAGCUUGUCACUGCCGGAGGGGGCCAAAUCCUCAGUAGAAAACCCAAACCAGACAGUGAUGUGACUCAGACUAUCAAUACAGUCUCAUACCACGCCAAACCCGAUUCUGAUCAGCGCUUCUGCACACAGUACAUCGUCUAUGAAGAUUUGUCUGAUUACUGCCCAGAAAGGGUUCGGCAGGGCAAAGUCUGGAUGGCUCCUUCAAGUUGGCUUAUAAGCUGUGUGAUUUCCUUUGAGUUGCUUCCUCUUGACAGCUAGCUGAAACUUUCACCAGAUACAUUUCACACUGAAUUCGCACAAUUUGUGACAACCCAGUCACCGCACUAUUCUUGAUCAUUCAUACUUUAUAGAUAAGUAGAUUAAUGAACAUUGUUCUUUGAAUUAAAAAAAAUCUUAUGUCAGAUUAGGAAUUUUUUUACUGUAUCUAUGCGUGUUUUUAAGAACGUUGUGGUAGCUAUAGGUCGAUUUCCUGAAGUAUUGCCCUUGCUUAGAAAGUGCAAGGUCCUGGGUUCAAUCCCAACACCCUUUGUUUUUUCUUUUUAAAAUUGCCCUUUUUUUAAAAAAAAAUUAUUCAUUUAUCUUUCUACUUCAUUUAUUAGUUAUCAAAGAUGAAUGCAAAUGUAUCAGAAUUAUUAAAUCUAUAAGGUAUCUCAUUACUGCUUCAAUCUUUUAAUGUUCUUCUAUGAAAAACCAUCUUUGCUUGUCACUAGCAAAAAUAUUUGCCACUCUUUAGUAAACAGAGAAUUUAUGAAGUGAUUUAUUUUGACUUUAUUGUGAUGAAAAGAGAGUAUUCUAACCGUGACACUAUAGGUGUUAAAUUCUAUCUGCAGUUGUCUUUUUUUUUAUUGCGUAUACUAUUUUAUUUAGCUUUUUAAAUUUUUUCUUUUAAAAUUUUCUUGGAUGUUUCUUCAUUUUUGUCCUUUUUUAAAAAAAUCUUGAAUAUUCUUAGAAAAUCAUGGUUCAAAGCAUAAUACCAUUGUUUUGUGGUAAAAAAGAAGACAAUAUUAGGCUCAUGGCACAUAUUUCUAUUGUAUAAAUUUGCUUACUAUCAGCUAUUGAUUUAUGACUUUAUCUACUAUAUAAUGUGUAUAUCCUUAGAAUAUUUUAAUACCAACAUUUCUUACAAGGUUUUACCAGUAUAGAACAUUCUCUAUCAAAUUUCAAUACAUUAGGUUGGAAACAGUCUUUUUCUGUAGAUCUUGCUAGGUUUUAGUAAAACAAUUUUUGGAAAGUCUUAGUUUCUUGCUUUUCUUUUUUCUUUUUCUUUUUUUUUUUCUGAAGUACUGGGGAUAAAAUAUAGAGACUUGCUUGUUUAAAUAAGUGUUAUACCACUGAGCUACACAUCACCGUCUUUCAGUCUUCAUUUAAGUUUUUAGGGUAGUAUGUAAGCAGAUGUUGAUUACUUAAUUUAGAACAGAUUUUUCCCAGGUUCUCCAAAAGCAUUAAAUGUAGAGUAAGAAUAAUGAGCGUUUCCUGUACAUAUCCGAACACCCACAGGUCAAGUGGUAGACAGGGCACCACUGAAUAGCCUGACUUGGGCGCUGACUUAGUCAUAGUCAGGUCCAAGUGUUCUCACUGUGAAUUGACAAGAUGGAUUCUAUAAUUUUAAAGUAUUCUUAAGAAGCAAAAUUCUUUCUUAAAUCUUUCCUAGAAAUUAAACAUAUUUAUAAUCUUACAGAAUAGGAAAGGAGACACUAAAAUACCUGCCAGUUUCAUUCCUCAGCCAGUGAGGACAGUUUGAUAACUUCCAGAAUAGACACAGUAUUUUUAAAAAACCGAGUCUGCAGUUAAUUAAUAUUUUUAAGAUCCACUUACUUUUGACAUUCCGUGAGUCUGCUGUUGGAGGUUCUGCUGAUCUUUUGAAAAUGCAUUUUACAUCAGUGCCUUUUUGGACAUAAUACUAUUUCAUCUCAAUAUCUGAACAAAAUAGUUUUCUGACCUUGCCCUUGUAGUGUGAAUUUACUCUGAAACUCUACCAUUAUUAAGGUACCUGUUGCACAUUUUAUCCUCACGGAAAUGAUGAAUGCCACUGUACCAAACAAAUCUGAUGGGUAAGAUAAUGUCUGGAUUAAAUAAUUGAAGACUGGGAUUUUGGUUGUAAUUUUUUAUUUAUAACUGACUCCAGUAGCUUACUGCUGUCUCAUAGGCCACAUUCCUAGACAGAUUUGUGUUUUGUUCUUCACUGUGACUCCUCAGGAAAACACAAUUGGAGUUUCUGUGCAUAGUCUGCGUUCACUUUCUUAUCCCCCUUCCUCUCUGUGAUUUUUAUUUUCUUUCCCUACUCUUAAAUGACAAUAUUUCUGAUUUAUUUAAAUAUUUAUUUUAAAACAGCAUGUGAUUUAUGUUAAGCUCUUGAAAUGUGGUUACACUUUUUCUGUAUGGAGAUCUUUAUAAUUAUUUUUGUUUUCAAUUAGAUUCUGGCUCCCUUUAUAUAAUCAUUAAAGUUAACUUAUGUUUCCA